UGGAAGCGCUUCCGGAGAUUACAUAUAGAGCACACCAAUUAGCGCGUUUCUUACUGCGGAACUGCACCAGGAUAUUGGCCAAUGAGAGGUCGGCCUCAUUUUCCUCGGGAUUUGGGACAGUGGAAGUCAUGGCGCCACCCGUGAGGUACUGCAUCCCCGGCGAACGUCUGUGUAACUUGGAGGAGGGCAGCCCGGGCAGCGGCACCUACACACGGCACGGCUACAUCUUUUCGUCGCUUGCUGGCUGCUUGACAAAGACCAGCGAGAACGGCGCGCUUCCUGUCAUAUCUGUGAUGAGAGAAACAGAGUCCCAGUUACUGCCAGAUGUAGGAGCUAUUGUAACCUGUAAGGUCUCCAGCAUCAAUUCACGCUUUGCCAAAGUACACAUCCUGUAUGUGGGGUCCACACCACUUAAGAACUCUUUUCGAGGAACCAUCCGCAAAGAAGACGUCCGAGCUACUGAAAAAGACAAGGUUGAAAUUUAUAAGAGUUUCCGCCCAGGGGACAUCGUCUUGGCCAAAGUGAUCUCCCUAGGUGAUGCACAGUCCAACUACCUGCUAACCACCGCAGAAAAUGAGCUGGGAGUGGUGGUGGCCCACAGCGAAUCCGGUGUCCAGAUGGUCCCCAUCAGCUGGUGUGAGAUGCAGUGCCCGAAGACCCACACCAAGGAAUUCCGGAAGGUGGCCCGAGUACAGCCUGAGUUCCUGCAGACCUAAGAAGCCACUUUCCCAUGCAGAGGGGAAUCUGUUUUCUAAGAGUACAUGUGUGAGUGACAUCAGGAGGCUGUUUUUAUUCAGAUACCAGGGGUUGGUCAGCAGCCGCCUUUAGAAAAAUCUUUUCUGUAGGUGGAACAUUUUUCUUGUGAACCUUUCAGCGGAUUUUAUUCUCUGGAGUAAUUUCUUUUGGAGGCACCAGCAAACAAACUGUAUGAUGGUAGAUUAUAGCCUGUUCUUUGAGUGUUACAAAUGUGUAUUUUUGCUAUGACAAAGAAAACAUUUUUAUGAAAAGAA